UAAACUGCAUUUUCUGAUCAAACAAAGUUCCAAUUUCCAAUUGAAAUUAGUGAUCAAAAAAUGCUGGAAAUAUGCCCUCAGUUUUCGAAUUUUGGGUGGCUUCCGGAGGAUCCAAUGAGCCAUGAACAGGAAAUUUUGUAUAGAGAAAGAAUAGAAACUUCAGACUCCAUUAAUAUUCUUCAUUCUCCUUCGUCUAAGAUACAAGGUGGAAACAGUGCUGAAUCUUUGCAUUUUGGUGGAAAUUUGAAGAUGGCAAAGAAGCUCAACCAUAAUGCCAGCGAACGAGAUCGCCGGAAAAGAAUUAAUACGUUGUAUUAUACUCUCCGAUCACUGCUUCCGGCAGCAGAUCAAAUGAAGAAACUAAGCAUUCCUUCAACGAUAUCCCGAGUGUUAAAAUACAUACCAGAGCUUCAGAAAGAAGUCGAGAGACUAGUCGAAAAGAAAGAAAAUCUUGCAGCAAAGAUUUCCAGGCAAGAAAAUUCAAUUCGAUAUAGGAAGCAAAGAAGAACAGCCGAUCAUCAGAGCUCAGUAUUAGCUGUUUCAGCGAGUCGAAUAGGUGAUCGAGAUGUAUUGAUUCAGAUAUCAACCAUGAAGAUCAAAAGGGGUUCAUUUUCUGAAGCUCUACUGGAUCUGGAUCAGGAAGGGAUUCUUGUAUUGAAUGCAUCUAGUUUUGAAUCUUUUGAUGGAAGGGUUUUCUACAAUUUGCAUCUUCAGGUACAAGGAAGCCAAGCCAUUGAUGUUGAAAUGUUAAAGGAAAAUCUCUUGUCAUUGUAUGAGAAGGGGGAAGAAAUACUUGGUUAAAGUACAGCUCUAUAGUCUAAUUGGAGAUUUUGUGUGGACAAGGUCAAGAAUAGACUAUAGAAUAUAGAGGACCUUCUAGAUGGACCACGAUUAUCUACUUUAUAAAAUUGUUCUCUUAUGAUUGCAGACUUAAGAGUAAAAAUCACAAUCAUCAACUUAUCUUGAUAUAGGUUAGAUAUUGAAAUUAUAAUCAAUAUAAGGGCUUACACUCUAUAAAGAGCUCAAAGGAGCAAAUUGAUUUGCCUAAAUUUCAAAUGAGCUAAUCAAAUAUUAAGAUUUGUAUUC